AUGUCUUUCACCGGCACGCAGGACAAGUGCAAGACGUGCGACAAGACCGUCCAUUUCAUCGACCUCCUGACCGCCGACGGUGUCUCCUACCACAAGACAUGCUUCAAGUGCAGCCACUGCAAGGGGACCCUGUCGAUGUGCAGCUACUCUUCCAUGGAUGGUGUCCUCUAUUGCAAGACUCACUUUGAGCAGCUCUUCAAGGAGUCAGGGAGCUUCUCAAAGAAUUUUACGACAGGUGGGAAAUCUACAGACAAGCCUGAUCAGUCAAAAGCUCCAAACAAGAUGUCCUCUAUCUUCUCUGGCACCCAGGAUAAAUGUGCAGCCUGCCAAAAAACCGUGUACCCAUUGGAGAAGCUAUCUUUGGAGGGCGAGUGCUACCAUAAGAACUGCUUCAGGUGCUCCCAUGGUGGCUGCACCCUGACGACCUCCUCGUACGCCGCCCUCAACGGAAUCCUCUACUGCAAGAUCCAUUUCUCACAGCUGUUCAAGGAGAAGGGCAGCUACAACCACCUCAUCAAGACUGCGCAGACAAAGAAAGAGAACGAGGAGGCUGCAGCUGCAGCAGAGACUGCAGACGGGGAGGCAGACGCAGAGAAGGAAGUGCCCCCACAAGAUGCAACAUAG